UAUUUUAUUGGCAACUUGCAAAAAAGUGGUUUCCGUUUCUACAAAUUAAGCACAUUUCUUCUCCUUCAGUCUUCACUUGAACCAUGGCUGAUGUUCAAGGCUACCUCAUCCUCUUUCUCAUAGGUACCAUAACCACCAUCUUUAUACGGGCGUUAUUCAAGUCGAAUAGUGCGAAGGGUAAAUCUCGCCUUCCUCCGACUCCAUUUGCCCUUCCCAUCAUCGGGCAUCUCCACCUCCUUGGUCCAAGUCCCCACCAAGCUUUCCACAAGCUUUCUUUGAAAUAUGGGCCAGUUUUUCGCCUCUUUCUGGGUUCAAAACCCAGUGUUGUUUUUGGUUCACCAGAAACAGGGAAAGAAUUGUUUAAAACGUAUGAUAAUGUCUUUUUAGAUAGACCCUAUAACUCAUCCAUGGAUUAUAUUGCCUACGGAGGCCGUGGAUUCAUCUUUGCUACUUACGGACCCUACUGGAAGUUCUUGAAGAAGAUAGUCGUCUCAGAACUCCUCAAUGCUAAAACACUCGAUUCCCUCCGUCCAGUCAGAAACGAAGAAAUCAAUCGCUUUUUAAGAUUUUUAUCAGAGAAAGCCAAAGUUGGGAAGUCGGUAGAACUUGAAGGGGAGCUUAUAAAGAUGGCGAACAAUAUUAUAUCACGAAUGCUGAUGAGCAAGAGGUGUUCAGACGAAGAUGACGAUGCCGGGGACAUAAAGAACAUAGUUACCGACAUAGGCGAACUCAUGUUUACAUUUAACCUUUCAGAUCAUAUAUGGUUCCUUAAGAAUAUAGAUGUACAAGGAAUUGGAAAAAGGUCAAAGGAAAUUCGUGGAAGAUUUGAUGCGAUGAUAGAAAAGAUCAUGGAGAAACGUGAAGAGGCAAGAAAGCAGAAUUACGAGAAAGCAGAAGUCAAGGACUUGCUUGACCUUUUACUCGACAUCUCAGAAGAUGAGAACAUGGAGAUAAAGCUGAGCAGAGACAACAUUAAAGCCUUCAUUCUGGAUAUAUUUGGUGCAGGAACAGACACUUCUGCCAUCACUACCGAGUGGGCUUUGGCUGAACUAGUAAACCAUCCCCACAUAAUGAAAAAAGCUGUUGAAGAAAUCGAGAAAGUUGUGGGAAAAGAUAGACUUUUACAAGAAUCAGACAUACCAAACCUUCCUUAUCUUCAAGCAAUCGUGAAGGAAUCACUACGUCUUCAUCCCACAGCCCCAGUGAUUCAAAGAAUCUCAACAGAAGAUUCCACCAUCGGAGGUUACCAUAUUCCGGCAAACACUACAAUCUUUUUCAACAUAUGGAGCGUCAGUAGAGACCCAGCCUACUGGGAAAACCCACUCGAGUUCAAGCCUGAAAGAUUCGAAGAGAAACAGUUGGAUGUAAGAGGGCAACACUUUGAGUUGUUACCAUUUGGAAGUGGGAGGAGGAUGUGUCCAGGGACAUCGCUAGGGUUGUCGGUGGUGUAUGUAACUCUCGGUUGUAUGAUUCAGUGUUUCGAUUGGAAAGCCGGAAAAGAUGGGAAUCUAACUAGUGUUGACAUGGAAGAGGGUAUCGGGAUAACACUUCCUAGAGCUAACCCUUUGGUUUGUGUUCCUGUAGCACGACUUCAUCCCCUCCAUUUGUCUGUGUAAUACGUCACUUCGAAGUACAGUAGUCAAUGGUGUUUGCUUUGAUUAAUGUUUUUUAUUUUUAUUUUUAUCUCAUAAAAUCUGAGUUCAAAACGUGUAACGAAAGCAUGUUAUUAUGUAUUUCAAUGAUUAUGUUUCCUGCCUGA